UUUGUGUGUCGUCUUCUUCAUCGCUGAUCCGCUUGGCAUACUCUGAUCGGGACGAUAUAACGAAUCAUUGAGCUAGUCUCUCACCGCGUCUGGGAUCCAAAGAUCUCUGCUUUAACAACAUAUGUCUGUGUCCACAUCUAUAUCUACAUCGUCGCCGAAAAAUGAAGAUGUGCAUCGCAUCAAAGAGCGACAAGUCGUGGUGUUUUGAUCUGAUUUCAGAGAAUUAGGGUUUUGGAUUUGUAGAAAUAGGAAUUUGAGUGGGAACUGUGAUGAUAGUGUAGAAGUGCUGAGGAAUUUAAGAUUGCAGAGGUCGGAUGGGGUUUUCUUGAAGAAUUGAAGGUUAGAAUUAGGGAAAUUUGGCAAUUUUUGAAGGAUUGUUGCUCAAGUCCGGAGAGGUUCAACUACGAUCGCGGUUGGUGCAUAUUGGACUGCAUAUUGUGGGAGAAACUUGCAACGAACUAUUUGAGAGCAUGAACUUGUGGCAAAUUGAAGAGAGAACGGCGAAAGUGCAGAUCUUUCUGUGAAGAGAGUCGAAGUAAAAGGGUAGGGCGAAAGAUCGCAACUUAAAGGGAAAUGGCUACACCUGUUGAGCCUCCAAAUGGGAUUACAUCCCUAGGGAAGCAUUACUAUUCCAUGUGGCAAGCCUUGUUUGAGAUAGAUACCAAAUAUGUGCCCAUCAAACCUAUUGGCCGAGGGGCCUAUGGUAUUGUGUGCUCUUCCAUUAACAAGGAAUCCAAUGAGAAGGUCGCAAUCAAGAAGAUACAUAAUGCAUUUGAAAAUCGUAUUGAUGCUUUGAGAACUUUGCGUGAACUGAAACUUCUCCGCGAUCUUAGACAUGAAAAUGUGAUUGCUUUGAAAGAUGUUAUGAUGCCCAUCCACAGGAGAAGUUUCAAGGAUGUCUACUUGGUUUAUGAACUUAUGGACACAGACUUGCAUCAGAUUAUCAAGUCCUCUCAAACACUUACAAAUGACCAUUGCCAAUAUUUUCUCUUCCAGUUGCUUCGCGGCCUGAAGUAUCUCCACUCAGCAAACAUUCUUCAUCGUGACUUGAAGCCUGGCAACUUACUUAUCAAUGCAAACUGUGACCUAAAAAUUUGUGACUUUGGUCUUGCUCGUACAAAUAAUAAUAAGGGUCAGUUCAUGACGGAGUAUGUGGUUACUCGCUGGUACCGGGCCCCAGAGCUUCUCCUAUGCUGUGACAACUAUGGGACUUCUAUCGAUGUGUGGUCUGUCGGUUGCAUCUUUGCUGAGCUUCUUGGCCGGAAACCCAUCUUCCCUGGUACAGAGUGUCUCAACCAGCUUAAACUGAUUAUCAACAUCCUUGGCAGCCAGAGGGAAGAUGAUAUUGAGUUUAUUGAUAACCCAAAGGCAAGAAAGUACAUUAAAUCACUUCCGUAUUCCCCUGGCACACCCCUUUCCCGACUUUAUCCCCAUGCCCAUCCUUUGGCAAUUGAUUUGCUACAAAGGAUGCUUGUCUUUGACCCUUCGAAGAGAAUUGGUGUUACUGAAGCUCUCCAACACCCUUACAUGUCUCCACUGUACGAUCCAAACUGUGAUCCUCCAGCACAGGUGCCAAUCGAUCUGGACAUAGACGAGGAUUUAGGGGAAGAGAUGAUAAGGGAGAUGAUGUGGAAGGAAAUACUUCAUUACCAUCCUGAAGCUGCCACUGCGAAUGCAGAGGUAAACUCAUAACUUUCAUUUCUUCGGUGUUGGAGCGCGUCCAUUGAAGGUGGUUGUGUUGUGAUAGUACCACUAGUUUUCCUUUUUAUUUAUUCUCUCCUUUUCUUCUAUUCUAAUAAUCAAGAGAAAUAAUGCAUUAGCAGUUUGUGCUGUUAAUGCAUGGUGUCGCAAAAAACUUCGUUUAGGGGCUUCCUUAUGAGAUUUGGCUCCAUGAAUGGAGCCAUUUAUGUAUUUGUGUGUGCUGUUUUAUGUCAAACACCUCUUCUUUUUUGAAGGAAAACAACUUCUGUACAUUUGCUACGGAUAUUUGGCAAUACUAGUAUGGUG